AUGCUCCUGUCCGAACUCGCCCAAGAAAUGAUCCCCUACACCCCCAAAGAACCCCUCUUCAUCGCUCACAAGGAAUAUAACCGCUGCCUACUCGAAAAGAGAGUCCUCUCUAACGACCUCGGCUUCGGCAACGACUGGAAAAGGGCCCUCGACCACGUCAAGACCCAAUCCGUCCCUAGCGGCAAGUAGGCCGACCUCGUCCGCCACCUCGUCAACGAAGCCACCGCCUACGUCCAGCACAACGACCUCGUCACCGUCAUGCCCCUCGCCGCCUCACCUGGCGCAUCUUCAUCCUCCCACCCUCCUAGCAGCGCAACCCCCCCUUCUUCCUCGGCGGCCAGCCCAUCCUCGUCGCCAGCCCGGCCUCCUCCAUGGCCCAGCCCCUCAAGGCCGCCUUCCUUCGCGUCGGAUGGGAUGCCGGCGGAGAUGACCAAGGCAUUGCUGGGGGAGGUGUUGUCUCUGGGGCAUUAGACGAGAUGGAAGUCUUACGAUUAAGAAAAGGUAGGGAGAUGUGGUUUAUGAAAUGUGAUUUUGAAUUUUUGAUAGCUAGGUCGACAAAGCCUCAGAUCUGA